ACAUUCCAUCAUGAGGAUUGCCAAUGGUGUGUGUGUGUGUGUGUGUGUGUGUGUGUGUGUGUGUGUGUCUGUAUGUGUGUGAACGUAUACGGGCUGGCAGCCCAUCCAGGAUGUAAUUCUUCCCCCAAGUGCGUUCGAGGUUUCACUGUGACCCUGAUAAAGAUUCCCUAAAAAUCCCUAAUCAUUCAUUUUCCAACUGAUAUAUUACAGUAGAUAAUUAGUAUGUGUGUGUGUGUGUGUGCGUGUAAGUGAGGCUCAUAUUGAUGCUUGGUAAUGCUGGGUGGUCGGAGGAGAGCUCACACUGAGGUCGGGAUUCCCUCUGUGUUCUCGCGAUACUUCCUGGAAACUCCGACUGCUAUGGCAGCUGAAAGCAGGAAUGCUGCUGUUGAUACAGACUGUGAUGGACAUCGUCUCGCAAGUGAUUCGUUUCAGGACAGUUUUCAGACACGGGUGUUUAAAAUCAUUGUUAUCGGUGACUCGAAUGUUGGAAAAACGUGUUUGACCUAUAGGUUCUGUGAAGCCAAAUUUCUCAAAAACCCAGAAGCGACAAUCGGAGUGGACUUCAGAGAAAAGAGCCUUGAGCUUGGUGGAGAAAACAUUAAGUUGCAGAUUUGGGACACAGCAGGACAGGAGCGAUUCAGAAAGAGUAUGGUGGAACAUUACUACCGCAAUGUGCAUGCAGUGAUCUUUGUGUAUGAUGUAAGCAACCUGGCUUCCUUUGAAAGUUUACCUGAGUGGAUUGAGGAGUGCAGGCGCCACUUAGUCCCACUGAACGUUCCACACAUCUUAGUAGGGAACAAAUGCGACUUGGGAAAAGGAGAGGUUCCCACCUCACUGGCCCAGCGAUUAGCUGAUAGCUAUAAUUUCCCCCUCUUUGAGACGUCUGCCAAGGACCCUGCAGAGAAGGAACACGUGGAUGCUAUUUUCCUCACCCUGGCCCACAAGCUGAAGAAUCACAAGCCUCUGAGACUGAAACAGCUACGUGAAAGCACUGCAACCACCCUGACCUGCGAGCAGGAAGAGAAGAAGCUCUGUUUCUGCUGAGAUACUGUGGCCUUCUUUAACUGAUUUAAUGAUGAUGAAACGGUAUGAUUAGAUCUUUUAUUUAACAGUAAGGGACAUAGGCAGAUUAUAUGUGCAAUUACCAAAGGUGUUACUUCUCUCUAAAUGCAGUGUGAGUGUUUACCAAUAAAUUAGAACAAUAAUAAAGAGGAACAACACAGCAGCAUUAAUGAAGCCAAAAAACAAUAGCAAAAAUAAUUUGCUAAAGAAAGAAAUGAUUAAAUAUGUACCAUACGUAAACCAUAUUGUUGAUUUGAGAUUGCACUUAAGGUCUAAGACAGACCCAUUCUGAGCAACUUGAACUGUGUUAUUUCUGCAAAAUUUUGCAAUCAUGCUGUUUGUUAUAACUUAGCGUUGUGCAUAGUGUUGUAUUUUAAUGUUUGCAGCAUUUCUGUAAUAUCUGAGCCAGAAUUCAGUGAUUCAAAGUGAAAUUUCAGUUUGUCACACAAUAUACAUUACAGACAUUUGUAUGUUUUCCUAAUUCAUUAUCACUCAUUUCACUUGAAUGUGGUGCACCUAUUCUAUGGAACCAUGCAUGUUUGCAACCAGCAUUACAUUGUUUUAUUGUUGUUGUUUUUGUUUUUUUUGCACAAAUGCAGGAUUGCACAUAAAGUAAAAAAUAUCAGGCAGCAUGAAAUAAAAGGUGAAAUUUAGCAGAUUGUUUAAAAUUGUAUAAAUAAAUAGGACCAGCUUGCUGCUUUGACUGAUUGGUGUAAAGAAUGGCAUUGAAGUAUUCUUAAAGCUUGUACUUAAAAGUUUGGGAGCUGCCACUCCCAAGCCCUUGAGUAAGACCCCUUAACCCUCAACUGCUCAUUUGUAAGUCACUCUAAAUAAGGGGGUCUGCCAAAUGCUAAAAUGUAAAUGUACUUAACGUGAUUUAUAUCACACAGAGGAAUGUGUCCAUUAAAAACACUUACCCAGCAUGAUACCUCGAUCUACAUAAUUUACUCAAAGCUCACAGUGAUUCUAUAUCAGGAACAUUAAAUGUACAUUCUGUGGGCAGAGCCCGGCCUGAUAAUGGUACUAAUCCAGCCCACCAAUUAAAUUGUCCAUAAUUGAA